GGUACGGUAUCCCCACUCGAAGCCAGAAACGCACAAUCUAACGAUGGCCCAAAAAGCCCGGAAAAAUACAAGGCACCAGCCUCUGAGUCCGCACGUCCUGAGUGUCCCAACGGCUUCUGCGAAUACAUCGGCUCCGCAAAACUCAAAGAUUAUGCCGUCCUCAUCACCGGCGGCGAGAGCGGUAUCGGCCGCAGCACUAAUGGCUCGCCAAGGCGCCGAUAUCACAAUUGUGUACUUGUCGCAGGAGCAGGGGGGCGCUGAGGAUACAAAGAGGCUAGUUGAAUGCGCCAGGAGGAGGUGCCUGCUUGUACCGUUCGACUUAGAGAAUUACAGGGAUGCGCCGAGUAUCAUUGAGAAGCACAUGAAGGGGUAUGGGAGAUUGGAUGCGCCGGGAAAUAACGCAUCGAAGAAGAUAAGUUACAGUGUAAGGAGUUUGCGGAGAUUGAUUUAGGUAAGUUCGCUUCCCCACCGAAGCUAGAGAUAUAGGAAUUGAUGGGAAGGGUAGAUACCGUUUCCUCGACGUUCACCUCCAAUAUCCCACAAAUGUUCGCCAUAGUGAAAUUCGCCCUUCCACAUAUGAAGAAGGGCCCCAGCGCUCCGAACACCACCCCUGUUGCUGCAUCCCGGGGCACUCCAUCGAUAGUAGACUACGCCGCCACAAAAGGCGCCAUCGUAGCCUUCACCAGGGCUCUAUCGAAAACCCUCACCCCUAAAGGAAUCCGUGUUAAUGCCGUUGGGCAUGUCCCCCUCACCCCCCAAACUCAAUCCUUCCCAUUCUAUUGCUAACGAUGCGUAAAAAAAAAAAAGACCGGGCCCUGUGCACACCCCGUUGCAAUCAGCGUCAAGACCCGACGAGCAGAUGGAAGGCUUCGCAAGCAAUUCGCAGAUCAGAAGGCCGGGACAGCCGAGCCAUGUUGCAACUAGCUAUCUGUUUUUUGCGAGUGUUGAGGCGUCCCUCUAUUACGGGCAGAUUUUGCAACUUUAUCCCAUGGGGGGUUAAGCCACCCCAAGGGGCCCGCCAGAGAUUCUGUACUUUAAGAGAGAAUAUUCAG